AUGCCUCCUCGAAGCUCGUUGACUAGCUCCUUCUCGGUCACUGAUGCCAACAAUGAAGUCGUCUGUCCUCUCAAGAAUAAUGAUGGUUCCAAUUGUCGCAAACGAUGCUUGGGAGAAAAGCGGUAUCGCUCCAUGCAAGAGCAUAUUCGUCGGGCGCAUCCGAAUCACUAUAUCCCGAAGCUCCCGGCGACCGAGGAGAGCUUUCUCUUGAUGGUGAACACCCCACCGGACCAAAGAGCUCAUCUUUCUCCUCCAGAUCCUACUCCGCCGAGGCGCCGUCACGAUUUAGCGGAUAGAGACAUAUAUGUCGCAGAUGCCAGCUCCCCGGCCACACCUCGAGCUGAUGAACCCCACCCGGCCGCGGCCACGGCGGCUGUCGCACUUGCACAAUUGCACCAUCAUCGCCUAGCAUCUGACUGGGAUACUGACAUGGACACUCAUUCCGAUACCGAUAUCACGCAGGACCGUAUGCGCUCAUCGAUUGAACUCCCUUCCUUGCGCGACCAUUUUAAGCAAGAAUCGUUGCCACCAUUCUCAGCGCGCCCGCGUGGUCUUCUUCCGUCAAUCCUCAACCACUCACCCCCGGUCGCUCAUCCACGUUGCCCCCGAUUCAGCGCAAGGAAAAAAUCGCUCGUCCGCGCAAAUCAUCCAUUACACAAUCAGCUCGUAAGCCUAAGCAUGAACGUCAAAAGUCUAAAGAGUUCGGUCGGCGCCCUAGUCUCAGGCGACCGUAAAGCGUUAUCAGCAGAACCGCAGACCGCGGCUUGGGCGCAAGGCAAACGAUGGGAAGAUCUUAUCGAAGCAGCAACCUCGGCUACUGAAGUUGAUGAUGAGCGAUAUUCAGAGGCUGGUCGGUCCCCAACCAUUGCCCCGCUACUCGCCAACGUCACUUCAGCCCCAGUUGGUCCCAAGAACCGAUCAUCUUUACCCCCAGCAUUUCAAUCUGGAGGUCUGCCUCCUCUUGGAUCCCAUCGGGCGUUCCCACCCCAUUCCUAUGCUGCAUCGCCUCUACAUAAAUCCCUUACCCCUCCACCAUUUGAGGGACCUCGCAGCCAUCGAGAUAGCGAUCUAGAACCAUUUCCGUCUAUUGAAUCUUCACUUGACUCCAUGUCCACGGCAUCUGGAAAGAACUUCCCGUCAUCGGCGUCUGGGAUGGCCCAUUCCGUCAACUCCGACUCCAGUCCAGUCCUCAAUCUUAUCCCGCCCAUUUCACAGCGCCAGCAUCAUCGGUUUUCCAACCCCACCCCGGCAUCCUUCCGCAACAAGGAUAUUCAGAUUUACUGCGCACAAUGUAAACGUCCAUGGGUCUUGAACGAGUGUUUUGCUUGUACAGAAUGCAUCUGUGGUGUCUGCCGGGAGUGUGUCACCAUGUUCAUCGCCAGCCCACCAACCUCUUACCGCAGCCCAGGCAAUGGGAUGAACAAUAUUCAGCAUGGCCCGACCAGCUACCCCAGUGCUAGAGGGUGCCCUCGAUGUCAGACGGUGGGAGGGAAAUGGAAAUCUUUCCAGUUGGAUUUCAAGUGA